UGUACAUGAAUAAAUAUUAACAUAGCAAAUAGAAUGUAUCACGUGGAUGUAUUUUCUAAAUUAAUGGUGAUCUGGAAGCGCAAAUCCUUCCCGAAGAAUCGAGUCUACGAUCACGAUUCCAGGUGAUAACACCAUAUCCAUCGUUUGUAAUUUGUGAUUAGACGAGACAAGAUAUGGAGGAAUGGUUGAGUGCGCUGAGAACUGGAGGUGAAGACAGGGCAAAGGGUGAGCAUGGAGCUGCUGAAUUUCUCGGUGGCAAUCAUCACUGGUAUGCUACAACUCAUGCCAGGCCCACCUACUGCAAUGUUUGUCGAGAUGCACUCUAUGGUGUUACUUCGCAUGGGCUCAGUUGUGAGGUGUGUAAAUAUAAAGUACACAAGAGGUGCAGUCCUAAAGCAAUUAAUAACUGCAAGUGGACUACCCUAGCAUCGAUAGGAAAGGAUAUCAUAGAAGAUCACGAUGGGAAUAUUCAAAUGCCUCACCAGUGGCUGGAAGGAAAUUUACCAGUGUCUUCCAAGUGUCCGGUGUGUGAUAAGACAUGCGGCUCAGUUCUCAGACUGCAAGAUUGGAGGUGUUUAUGGUGCAGAGCAACGGUUCACACAGCGUGCAGACCACUGUUUAGUCCCGAAUGUCCCUUGGGUCCCUCUAAGCUCAGCGUUGUACCUCCAACCGCAUUACACAGUAUAGGUAGUGAUGAGGCUUGGGAAGCGGUUAGACCAGUAGGAUGUAGUCCAUUAUUAGUAUUCGUCAACAGUAAAUCGGGUGACAAUCAAGGAAUGAAAUUUUUAAGAAGAUUCAAGCAAUUAUUGAACCCUGCGCAAGUUUUCGAUCUGAUUAAAGGAGGACCUGGACCAGGGCUAAGACUCUUUCGACAUUUCGACCCGUUCCGGAUUCUGGUCUGCAGUGGAGAUGGGUCUGUUGGUUGGGUCCUUUCGGAGAUCGAUCGGUUAGGAAUGCACAAACAGUGUCAAGUGGGUGUACUUCCGCUGGGUACGGGAAAUGAUCUCGCCAGAGUUCUUGGUUGGGGAGCAUCUUGCGACGAUGACACCCAUCUACCACAGUUAUUAGAAAAGUAUGAAAAAGCAGGCACUAAAAUGUUAGAUCGAUGGAGUAUCAUGACCUUUCAACGAAGUAUUUCCCUUCCGUGUCACAAAAUGUCACCUAAUCAGUCUAAACCAGUAUUGAGCGUCUCAAUAGUUCAUCAGUAUGAGAAUAAUGUCAUAUCACAUUUAACAAAUAUGAUACAGUCUAAUCAGGAUACGAUAAUGAUAUCCAGUGCCAACGUUCUCCGCGAAACUGUGAAAGAUUUUGCUAACAAAUUGCUCGAAGCUAAUCUACAAAUGGGCGAUCAAAUAUUAUGUGAAAAGUGCCGAAUACUUGAGCACGAAAUGGAUCAAUUACUUCAAAUCAUUAAUAAUGAGAAUGUGUCAGCCAACAACGAUGAAGAGCGAGAUGAAAGAAUACUUGCGUCGGAUCCAUAUUCAUCAAUGGGGGAGUUUGAAAAAGGCUCACUUGAGAAACCUGAAAAAGAUAUCACGAAUCUCAAACGUGUAAGAAAGAUUCGUGAUUCUUUCGAGCAAGAUAGAAUAUUGUCAAAAGUGAAUAGCUUGAAACGUGCUAUAAGGCAGCUAGCUGAACACGCUGAAGUAUUCAUUGAUGAACAGAAAAAUGCAUCUGUCAAAGUAUUUAAUAAACAUCCUAAUAUGACCGCAAUUUCCGAGGAUAACAGUCCUGUGAAUAGAAUGGAACAGGAUUACUUGGAUUCCAAAUGCAUACCAAGUGAUAGCAGCAUGUUUCUUAUACCAACACCUAUAUCAUCUGAGAGCAGUGAUGUUUCUCCGUGUGCUAGUCCUAUGCCGAAUUUAGUUUCUCUGAGUCCUAUGCCUGAUUUGCGGAGAGAUUCACAAGUUGAAGAUAUGUUGACGCUUCCAGCACCAGAUGGAUUUGCUGAUAGUCGAAGAAAUAGUUCAAAUGCCACUCAAGGGGUUUUUCAAUUCUCAACACCAGCGGACAUUGCCACGGUUCAACGUGCGAUGGAAGUGGUAGCAGAACAACAGUCCGAACAAUCACAGUUAGAAACUCCAACAGAUAAUCAAAUAACCGUAACAAGUACAACAUUAGAUACUACUUCUAAAUCUGAUGACACUACAAUUCAGGAUGUAGUGAUAUCACCAGAUUCGGACUCCCCUAACUCUACAAACAUGUCGUUGAUCCAUAGGACUGAUCACGCAACAAAAACUGAAAACUCUAAAAGCAGUGGUAGCAAUAGUAUUGCCAGUUCGGACAGUAUUAUCUCUGAUACACUCGAUUCAAAGAGCUUCACCGUCAAACACAGUGAAAGUGAAAUUGGACACAUAGACAGUGAUAUCUUGGAUUCAACGAAGCUCUCAGAAAGUCCUGAUAUAGGACACAUUGAUUCACCGGAACUUUCGGAGCUCCAAAAUUCUGAGAGCAUAAUCGAUGAUCUUAGCUCCUUAGGACAGGAUUUGAUGAGUACAAUGUUGGGUGAAAAGUACGAUUCAGUUCGAGAAUGUAUCGAGACUGUCGCCGAUAAACCAAAGAAAUAUUGCAGUUUGGCACAGUUUGUUGAGGGCAAUGAUAUUGCAAGGAGAUCCUUCAAAAGACCUUGUCGAUAUGUUUCCUCAUUAUUAAAAGACGAUCAAAAAAGUGGUGAACAAUUUUUGGAUGGAAAGGCGGAUUUAUUGAGCCCAGUGUGUUGUUUCAAAGUGACCUCUGACUCGGGACAGGAUGAGAAAUCGCCUCAAAACUUUCCUCCAGCAAUAAGCGUUAUAGUUGAUCCGCCAAGUCCAUCCGUGUCAAUUGGGAGUCACGUUGAAGAUCAUCCUUCCAAAUUGCGAAGACUUAGCAGAUGUAGUAUGGAGCGUUUGAGUGUAGAAUUACCAGAACUUGGUUUCUCCCCACAAGCAACACGUCGAAUAAGCAGUGGAAGUUUAUUAAAAGCUUCUGAGGUUGUUUCAUUGGCAGCUACCGCGGCAAGGUUUGGUGGAUCAAGUAUGAGUCUUCGUCAUGAUCGAACAUCUUCAGUAGAUAAGACUGAAGACACUAAGAAAUUACCAAUAAUAAAUCCCCUCGUGAGACUUCCAAUGUGGCCGAAUGUGAGUGGUGGAGCUGGAUUGAUAAGUCAAGCCCUUUUGGCAAAUGCUGAUGCUCUUUGUGCUGCAGUUUCACCCUUAAUGGAUCCCGAUGAAACCCUGAUGGAAGGCUAUUUUGAGCGGUGCGUUAUGAACAACUAUUUUGGUAUUGGCAUCGAUGCAAAAAUCAGUUUAGAUUUCCAUCAGAAACGAGAAGAGCAUCCUGAAAAGUGCAGAUCUAGAGCUAAGAACUAUAUGUGGUAUGGAGUACUUGGAUCGAAACAAUGGCUUCAAAAGACUUAUAAAAAUCUUGAACAAAGAGUGCAACUUGAGUGUGAUGGCCAACGGAUUCCUUUGCCCUCACUGCAGGGCAUUGUUGUGCUCAAUAUCCCUAGCUUUAUGGGAGGAACCAAUUUUUGGGGUGGUACAAAACAAGGUGAUUUGUUUUUAGCACCCUCAUUUGAUGAUAGAAUUCUGGAAGUUGUUGCUGUUUUCGGAUCCGUUCAAAUGGCUGCCUCUAGGCUCAUUAAUUUACAACAUCACCGGAUCGCACAAUGCCAGACGGUACAAAUUAAUAUUCUGGGGGAUGAGGGUGUUCCAAUUCAAGUUGAUGGAGAGGCAUGGAUUCAACCACCUGGCAUCAUCAGAAUUAUUCAUAAGAAUCGUAUGCAGAUGUUAUAUAGGAAUCGUGCACUUGAGACGUCCUUGAAAACGUGGGAGGAAAAACAGAGGAAUAUUACUUCUACAACAGUAUCACAAUCAACGUCAACUCUAAGCAACCCAUCCAGGUCUCGCUCCAAUUCACGUCGACUAACAAUAGAUAGUAAACCGAUACAAUUAUAUGAAGAGGAAUUCAAUAUUUUACUCGGAUUCAUUGAGGUUGUCACAACGUUGGUAAAAUGGGUGAAAUUGUUGAUCAUUUCUCAUCCGAGUCUGGAGCCUGAUCUUUAUCAAAUUGCUGACAGAACUGCUAAUAGUUUAGAGAAAGUCCAUCCUGAUGGAAAAAUUCUUGAGGGGCCAAGUUUGAGACCAGUCGUCACCGAAGUGGUAUCCAAUGCACGACAGUUAUAUGAAGAAUCUUGUGAGCUACUGCGAGAUAAAGCCCAUAAGCUUAGGUUGCGGGAGGAUUUGGAAAACAAGUUGUCACAAGCAUUAGCAAUGAUGGAACAUGAAUUACGGAAGUGCAUAUUCGAUGAGGCUGGCACGGGGAUGGUGUAUCUUCAAAAUAUUCCAUCAGACGAUCAGGGUGAUAGAAAGAAUCGUCAUCGAGGUUUGUUUUGGUUGAAGUUCCGCCGUUCGGGUGGCAAUAGCGGGAAUCAUCCAGCACGGGAUCAAGUGACAACAUGGAGUGUGCAGGAUGUAUGUAUUUGGCUGGAGAAUCUUCAACUUGGCGAGUAUACUGAACAAUUCAUAUCCCAUGACAUACGUGGAAGGGAACUACUAUCUCUUGCCCGGAGAGACCUGAAGGAACUCGGAAUAAUUAAAAUUGGUCACGUGAAACGUAUACUUCAAGCUAUCAACGACCUUAAUAACUAAACUUAGCACUUUUUCACUUAUGCUCCCUUCAAUGUUUUAAUUAAUAUUCGAAUUACGAAUUCGAACAAAACGCAAGAUCAAGGCUGUGUUUGAACUUUCAAAGAUGAAAAAUAAUGGAAUUUAAAGUUUUCCAAUAUUUUUCAUAACCACAAUUACAAACUCGGAGGAGGUUUUGUCUCCGACGAGAACCAGAAACAGUAUUAGACACUUUUGUCAACAAGUAUGAACUUUUGAUUGGUAGUCAUAUUUAAAAACGGCCUUGAGUGAGAUAGUUAUACAUCCCUUUACUGUUUGAUGUAUUUCAUUUUUAUUUAACCUUCUAAUACCGAUAAGCCACGAAAUACUACGUAACGCCAAAAGAGUUAUGCCUUAUUAGUGUUAGAGGGUUAAUGAUCCCAUGUGGAUGGGGAGAACAAUUAUUCCUUGUUCAAUUGCUAUCCUCUCCAAUAUCUUCUAUUAUGAUACUGUGAAAUUCUUUUGCACUUCAAAAUUAUAGUAUUUGAAUAAGUAUUUCAAAAAACACUCUCUAAUUAGUAGCAGUCUUUCGGAGACUUUUUCAUCUCUCUUUUGACAAUUCGCAAUCUACUAUUUUUUAUUGACUCCCUAUCCUAUAAAAUUACUUCAAUUAUUCACAUGUACGAAAAAGUGAUAUUUGAUAAUUUAUGUUGUGUGUAAAAUACUACUAUAGGUUCUACAAGAUGUUUACUUUCAUUUCUUGAUAAAUAUACAACGUGAAGAAAAAAAAGUAAACAUGUUGCAGAGCAGUUGUUAUAGACUUUAGUCUUUUUUUACGAAUCUCUAGUCGGGUAAUUCUCUGUACAAAUACCCUAAGACCUGGAAACUCGUCCUAUUCUUUGGUGGACACGGAAACUUUUAUGAAAAUAUCCUAUCAAUUUUGAAAGUCGAUGGGCAUUUACCAAAUUCGUUUUCCACCCGUAAUUCUGAAAAAUUGUAAAUGCGAUAUAGAAUGUUAUUCGGUGAUGUAGAAAUUCAGGUGAAACACACAUAUGAUUCCGGUGCAGUUUCGACAUUUUACAAUUAAGCAAUUACACGUCAAAUCCGAACUAAAAAAAAUUUCAUGUUUCCGAUUAUCUUCACGAUUUUUUUUUCGGAGAAGAAGUACAUGAGAGCAAGCUCUCAUGAAAUUUUUCGAGCGAUUUGAUUUUUUUUCAGCGAGUUAUGAUUUUUAAAAAAAUUUCGCUUUUUCCACUUGAAUUUUGAUUGUUUCAGAAAAACGUAAAAUUAUUAAAUUUAAUCAUUAAGGAUCGAAUUUCCAUUUUCACCCAUUUGCAGGUAAUUAUUAACAAAGCUGCAAAAUGAGCGCAAUUGAACUCAAUUUAUUCCGUUUUUCGAGCCUUUAUUGCGAAAACAAUUUUUUUUAUCUGCAAUUACUCGAAAACUUUUUUUUUUUAUUCGAAAUUUUAGGGGUAACUUGGUGACAUAAUUUUCCAAAUUUUCCAAAAAUAAUCACUUCGUCGAUUCACGAAGUUCAACCUUUGCCAGGAACGCGUAGCUAUCACUUUUUCGAACCAAACUCAAUGAUGAAAAAAUGAAUGAAACAGCCAAACUAACAGAAGAUGUAUUAUCAUUGGAAUCGAUCAAAUCAAGAAGUCAUUAUUGCAUGGGAAGAGAAGCGUGGGGGGGGGGGAUGAUCGUCGGUAGACUGGAAUUCCAAUUCAUUCAAGGCUACUUUGAUGUUGCCAUGUGGGCCUGCGUCUUCAUAUGAAUUCCCUGUUGCGGAAAAAAUUGUCUGCACAAGUUAUUUCAACAUUUUAUGGGAGGAGACACCGUUGAAAAAGUCAAAAAAGAAAACACUUUCAUAAUUCCAAAACGAUUAGAAAAUACAAUCCGUCGAAAAUUCAUUGAUUAUCAAAUAAGUCAGGAUUCUUAAGCGGUCCCUUCACUAUAAUUUUGGCCAUCAAACGACAAUAUUCUAGCGAACGAAAUAUGCGUCACGUGAUAAUCAGUAAAAGUAAAAGAAACAUAGUAAAAAAAAAUUGAGUAGUUUUAUCAUUUUGUUCGAUUUUAAUUAAUCAUUCAAAUUUCUGCUAAUACAUGGGCUUUAUGACCGCUAUUUUGUCCUUUACCCCGCACUCUGUUGACAAUGUGCUAGUCAACAAAGGAAGCUAUAUUUACCUAUAUUAAACUCUCGAAAAUAUGGACAUGAAGUCUCACUGAGUUUUCAGGUGGAUGGUUAUGUCCCCAAGUUACCCCUAAAAUUUCGGAUAAAAAAAUAAAAUUUUCAACUAAUUGCAGAUUGAAAAAAAAAUUAAUGUUUCCAUAACGGCUAUAAAAAUUGAAUCAAUGGAAUUUAAUUGCGCUCCUUUUGAAGCUUAAUUACCUUCAAAUGUGUGAAAAUGAAAAUUCGAUUCCUAAUGAUUUAAUU